GUAAAAUUGUCAAUUUGAGUCAAUUUUGUUUUUUACUGUCAAAGAGGAAAGCGUGUCAGCCGUUUAAAAAAAGUGAUAAAUAACAUUAUUAACGGCUAUUCAGUUCGAAAGAAUUUGUAGUGAAAAUUGUUGUGUGCAGUUAUUAUCAAAAAUGGAGCCAAUGACUUUGGGUAGUCCAACACACUCUCCUUCUAACAGCCCGAAUGUGGGAUAUUUGCCGCCUUUCCUUCUGGGUGAAAUAAAUCCACCGACUACUCCUCGAACAAACAGUCUGUCUCCUACAAAAGGCAGAAGUCUUGCUUUCGGUUCUCCAACUAGUCCCACGCAAACAUCAACACCAGAUCAGAAGGCAUAUCGGCAGAACAUUUCCAUGCACCAGCAAGCACUCUACAACCAACAGAAUAUGUACCCCAACAUACCUUCAUCUCCUAACAUGUACUCUAAUAUAUCAACAAAUGCCAACAUGUCAUAUUCUAGCAAACCUAACGGACCACCCAUAGAGGAUCUAUUUGACACCAUAAAAAGUAAUGAACCAACUAUAAACAAAUCCCUAUUCCAAGAUAGUUUCUAUGGUAACAAUAAUUCGGUUUCCCACAAUGGUUUUGGGAACAAUUUGAAUAAUUCAGUAAAUAAUCAGUCUAUGGCGACACCGUGGCAAGAUGGCUGCCAGGAUCAUGACGAGUACUGGGUGACUGUAUUCGGUUUCCCGCCAAACGCUGCUAAUACUGUUUUAGCAAGAUUCAGCAAUUGUGGUGCUAUUUUAGACAAACAAUACCCGACGCAAGGCAACUGGGCGCACGUGCGCUACGCGACGCGCGCGGAGAAGGAGCGCGCCAUGUCGCUCAGCGGCCGCCAGGUGCUGCCCGGCGUCAUGGUCGGCGUCGUCGAGUGUAAGGAGCCGCCCAGGAUUGGGGUUACCACUCCCGGGAUAACGUCGCCUGACAGGACCGGCGUCCGCUCCCUCUGCCCGACACCCAUAGCCAACGCGCCUGUCCCCCAACGCUCGAGCGGCCUUAUCUCAAAAGCCUUAGACUACGUGCUGGGUUGGUGACGAAAACCUUGCGCCUUGGCGCGUCGCUUCAGUCCGAUAUAUCGCAAACUGAAGCAAGCGCCUCGAGUACUGAACCGCGUACCAUAUGUGUCACGGCUACGUAACCGAAAUAGAGACUUUUUCACCAUGCUCGAACACGUGCAUCAAUCGCAAAUUUAUUUGAAUUAUAAUCACGAGUUUUUCCAUUGUAAUGAAAUGUAGACUGAGUUUGUAUAGUCAGCGACAGGUGCCUAGUUUCCGAUAAUGUUAGAAUCUAAGUUUUGUGUGAUAUGGUAAUGGAUUAGUUAAGUCACUUUGUACUUAUAUGGACAAAAUAAUCCUGUGUAGUAGACAGUAUAUCAAGAAAGUAGAAGAAGAACACCACUUCUUCAUUCAUAUUAUCUUGUUUCAAGUGCAUGUACAGCCUUUUCAUAUUUAUAGAAUUAAUGUAAACCAUACCAUGUGUAAUCAUAUUAUAUACCCGGCGCAAAUGUUGAAUCCUAUAUACUUGCAGUGCCAUCAGGGCUGGAAGUAGAUCUCAAACAUUUGUGUAUUCUCUUGAAAUAAUGUAAGGCAAGAUAUUCAUAAAAAUAGAUUUGUAAGAUAAUAACUUGACUGUCGUUGACUGAGCACAACAUAAAAGAAUAGAAUUCUUUUAUCAAACUACUACUUAUUGAAAAUUAUGUGAAUAUUUAAUUAAUGAUAUUGAAUGAAGUCGGUUGUAUUAUGCAGGUAAUAAAAUAACUUUGAUAUUUCUUAAUAA